UUCGUGAGCAGAGAGGAUAUUCAUACAGUGAUUGCAUUACUUGCACUCCAGAGAAGCUGCCCAACUAUGAGCAAAAAAUCAAGUCAUUUUUCGAAGAGCAUCUUCACACUGACGAGGAGAUCAGAUUUAUUCUGGAUGGCAGUGGCUACUUUGACAUCAGGAAUUAUCAUGACAAGUGGAUUCGCAUCUUUGUCGAAAAGGGUGAUUUGAUGAUUCUUCCAGCUGGAAUUUAUCAUCGCUUCACUUUGGAUGACAAAGACUACAUCAAAGUCAUGCGGCUGUUUGUUGGUGAGCCAGUUUGGACACCUCAUAACAGGCCAGCGGAUGAUUUCCCAGCACGCUGUGAAUACCUGAAGAACAUGCAGGCUGGAAUAUUUUCAGAAGCCUAAGAAAACAAACCUGUCAGCUUUUUAAGGGAAUUUGAAU